AUGAAUAACCCACCGCCAAUGGGGUAUCAACCUGCGGCAGGUACAACCGUACCACAAAUGCUUGGCACUCCUCAAACACUGGCACAGCCAUUACAUCAAAAUGCUCCACAGCAGCAGCAAGAUUUAUUGAAUAACAAGCUACAACAGUUGGCCAACCAGCUUGGCCAGCAAGGCGUUUCUAAUAGCUCGAAUCCGCUAUAUCAUCCUCAUUUGAGUGAUCCUACAUUGGUUAAUAAUCCCAUCUGGAACCUGCAACUACAACUAGCUGCAAUAUCUCGGCAAUCUGUGGGACAAGAGAAUGUUUAUGCAAGGCAAAAUGCUAUGAAGAAGUAUCUGAAAAACCAGUUUAACUCGACGCAGCAGCAGCAGCCUAGUGACAUGGCGAAAUCUUUGGUAGAUUUUACGAAGCAAUAUCUCCUUGAAAUGGCCGCCGAUCCUGCCGUUCCGAACAAUUCUAGCACGCCGGUCCCUGGACAGCAAACACAGCGUCCCCACGGUACACCUGUAUCUACUCCCAGUACUCCCAAGGCCGAACUAGCUAACAACUCGCAAACUACGCCAUCUAUUUUACUGCAGCAACAGCAAAAGAAGCUGUUCCAGUUUAAUAUUGACGAAGAUGACGAGGUGGAACACCGUAUGGUUGCACCUGUGAAUACUAAAUACGAUGAGCAGUUAUGGCACACAAUUGAUUUGUCAAAUUUGGCUGUAUACAAUCUGAAUGAGAAUCUGUUUAAAUACGACUUUUUGACGCGGUUGUACUUGAACGGUAACAAUUUAACACAUCUACCUCCUUCUAUCAAGAAACUUCGGAAUCUGAGGGUAUUGGAUAUUUCUCACAACAGACUAACUGAAUUGCCACCUGAAUUAGGAAUGUGCUACCAGUUGAAGUACUUAUAUUUUUUUGACAAUAUGGUUUCUAGUCUUCCAUGGGAGUUUGGGAACUUAUUUAAUCUUCAAUUUUUGGGCUGCGAGGGUAAUCCAUUGGAUAGACAGCUGGUUAAAAUACUAGCGGAAAAGUCGGUUACUGGUUUAAUCUUUUAUUUGAGAGACAAUGCGCCUGAAAUCCCUUUGUCUGAACCUCGUCGCUUUGUUGAAGUGAAUGCAGAUGGUGAAUCGGUGGAGAGUUACAAAUCUCUAAAUGAUGCAACAGAGCACUUGAGCAGGGACCUUGUUAAGAAGUCUUUCACACUUCUUUCAUACAACACAUUAUGCCAGCAUUAUGCUACGCCAAAAAUGUAUCGCUUUGUGCCAUCAUGGGCACUAAGCUGGGAUUAUAGGCGUGAAAAGUUAAAGGAAGAGGUUCUAAAUUACCAAACAGACAUAAUCUGCUUGCAGGAAGUGGAAAGCAAAACUUACGAGGAAUUCUGGUUACCACUAUUGGAAAAGCAAGGCUAUUCCGGUAUUUUCCAUGCAAAAACCAGGGCAAGAACCAUGCAAUCUAAAGAUGCCAAAAAGGUUGACGGUUGUUGUAUUUUUUACAAAAACUCGGAAUUCACAACUGUCUUUACGGACGCAAUAGAUUUUAGCAGUGUGUGGAUGAAGCACAAUAAAUUCCAACGUACUGAAGAUUACCUAAACCGUGCUAUGAACAAAGAUAAUGUGGCAUUGAUUGUUAAGCUGAAGUAUGAGCACAAUGGAGAAUAUGUAUGGGUAGUAACAACCCAUUUGCACUGGGAUCCACAUUUUAACGAUGUUAAGACGUUCCAAGUUGGCGUUUUGCUCGACUACAUAGAAAAACUGUUAAAACAACAACAUGGUGCGAAUAAUCCACAAGAGAAGAAGAAAGUACCUUUAGUGAUCUGUGGUGACUUCAACUCUCAAUUGAGCUCUGCUGUAGUAGAACUAUUUAAUACCGGCACUGUGAAGGCUCAUAAAGAUAUUGAAAGUAGGGACUUUGGUUACAUGUCCCAGAAAAAUUACGCACAUAACUUAUCUCUGAAAUCAAGUUAUGAAGUUAUUGGGGAGCUGCCUUUCACUAACCUUUCGCCUUCUUUCACAGACGUUAUAGAUUACAUAUGGUAUUCCACUCAGGCCUUACGAGUUCGUGGAGUUCUAGGCGAGAUUGAUCCAUCGUAUGCGUCUAGAUUUAUUGGAUUGCCGAACGACAAAAUUCCGAGUGACCACAUUCCGCUACUAGUGCGCUUCGAGUUCACCAAAACCACUACUGGCAACGGUAGUAGCAACAAGGCUGCAUGA